AUGGAGAUGAGUCUUGCUGUCCUCUCUCAUCUCAAUGCAACUGACCUCUGCUUGGCUGCUUGUGUCUGGCAAAACCUUGCCAAUGACAACAUACUCUGGAAAAGUUUAUGCCAGAGCCAGUGGGGUCAUGCAACCAUCUACAAGAAGAGGCAGGAUCAGCCAUAUCAUAAAAUCUACCUUCUUCUUGAUGAAGCAACUCUCACCUUCAAUGUGGAUGCCUUCAAGGGGAUUCAUUUCAUGUUGGAGCAUGACUUGCUACAGGAUAAUGCCUGGGAGAUAGCCAUGUUCAUCCACCAAACAGAGAAGCUCAGCAGGAAGCAGCUUCGAAGAUACCUGGAAUUUCGGAGGGAUGUUCUUGAUCAUGUGGUGGCUCUGCAGAACUAUGAAAACCAGUUCCUUCCACAAGCAUUGCGGAGGUUCUUCCACCAAAUUGAAGCACCUGAUUCCAGAGGCAAUUACUUAGAACUCCUUGUGGAGAAAUUUUCAGAGAGAUUCUGCCAAUGCAACCCUAACCUUGGACUUGAACCAGAUGUUGUUUACAUAUUGUGUUUCUCGCUGAUCCUGCUGUCUGUGGAUUUGACAAGUCCGCAUGUGAAGAACAAGAUGUCCAAGCGAGAAUUCAUCCGUAAUCUACGCCAUGCCCUCGCUCAACCAGAUGAUGAACUCUCAGGUCAUCUCUAUGAUGACAUAUAUCUUCGAGGACAUUUCCUGGUGCACAACCUGACUGAGCAGUGCUGGGACGUGUGUAUGGACAAGCCAAGCUCCCGACUUGACUCCAAGACAGAGAAUUGCAUUGUGAAUUGUGUUGAGCGGUUCAUUGACACCAACACAUUUGUCAUCAAUCGACUUGAUAAAGAGCAACGCACGACACACAACAUGUUCACUUACCUGAGGAACUUUGUACGUAGGCAUCAGAGGAAAUUUGUAGCAAUUAGUAUCUUGGGAGGAGGUGCUUAUAUUCUCUCUCGAUAUGCUAAUUACUGGCUUCGAAAAUAUCAGGAGCAGAUAGCUCGGGAUUUGAUGGAAAAAGCCAAGAAGCAGUAUUAUUUCAACACAACUCAGACAACAUGUGGUGAGUCAGUUCGUUCCUUCCUGCCCUUGAUGCAGGCAACGGGGAAAGAGAAGUUCAAUGAUGAUGUGAUUUUGGAAGACAUCAAGAACAGGAAGGCUUCCUUAUCAGAAACUCUCCAGCUUUGGGAUCAGCUUAAGGUCAUGUCUGUUUGUAAGGUUUUGGGAUUUGUCUAUGGCUCAGCAUUUGUCAUUCUUGUGUCUCGCAUCCAGUUUAAUGUCCUUGGUGCAUAUUCAUACUUGAAGGCCUCUCAUGAGAACAGCUCUGUGGAAUUGACCAAUGAUGAAAGACUUGCAUAUCUCUCCAUCAUGCAUGAUGUUGUCCUCAAGGGAUUCCUAGAAUUCCUCAAAAGACUUGAAGGUCUUGCAUGUGAUGUGAUUGAACCCAUAUCUUUGAAGGAAAGAGUGUCAUUUGAGAAGCUCACAUCAGUUUUAUAUGAAUUGAAGAACAAUAUUGACUUGAUCAUUCAAGCCAACCAUUUGAACUAUCUCUUUCCCAUUGAUACAGGAGACCAGCAUGGAUCCUUAGAGCAUCUGUUGUCUGAAGUGAGGGAAGUUAUUGAGAAUCGUGAUACUCUUAUCACUCUACAGCAAUUGACUCAGUGCGACCAAGCCUGUGUGACACAAGAGCCUCGCACAAAACCAUCUGACCACAUCGAAGCAUACAUCCCCACCCUUUAUCUGAAACACAACCACCAGAUCCUCCAAUGGGUGAGAAACCCUUACGAUAUCAGAGAAUGUGAACAAAAGAUUAAGGACUGUUUACAAGAUAUCAAGCAUGCACUGGCUGGAGAUUACCCUGCAGAAUUGAAGUACAAAUUAUACUUGAGAGAGUUGGAGUGCUUCAUUGAGCAUGGACUAUGUGAACGCCAACCAACACUGAUUCUUGAUGAUUUCAAGAGUACUCUUGCAGAAGCUAGUUUGCAUCUCCCUCCAAACAAGCUAGGGCAUCUGGAGGAGCAAUCCAUAAAAUUUGGAAAAGUGGUGGCAAAUGAUGCAGAUUCAGAUCGUCAGCGAAGGAUUGCCAGCCUCUGGGAUGCUUUGAAAGCCAAUGUAGUACCGAGGGUGCAGCAUGGUCCAUCUGAAAGCCUACCUGCUGCUUCUUCUACCCUGCUAGUCAAGAAAAAUGUACGCAAAGGCCGCUAUGUCAUCACAAGGAAGCCAGUUAAGACUGGAGAUAUUCUCUUCGUGGAAGAACCUUUUGUUCUUGCUCUACAGCCUGAUUUCUACAAUGAAUUCUGUCAUUUCUGCCUCAAGUCAACUCGUGCCCUGAUACCGUGUGAUUAUUGCCCUGAAGGACAAUUCUGUUCUCAUUCAUGUCGCAAAAAGGCAUGGGAGAACUUCCAUUGCUAUGAGUGUGGGUGGCUUGAAGUGUUCCAUGCCACUGGAAUUGCUCAUCUAGCAGCACGGAUUCUCUUCAAGGUUGGAUUCCUGAACUUGAAGGAUUUCAAGUUACACUUGAAAGAUGAAGUAGAUGGUCAGGGGUUCAGCAAGGGAGGGAUCUAUGCUGAUCCAUCUGAUCCUUACAUCUCAAUCUAUCAUCUAGUUGCUCAUACUGAGAGGAUAAAAUUAGAGGAUUCUAUCCAGUAUGCUAUGAUGGCUGCAUUCCUGCUAUUGUUCUUGCACGAGAAGACAAAUUUCUUUACCAAAGAUAACAAAGAAAAGAAGCCUGAUAUUAUGUCCCCUGAUGUGGUAUUUGUUGGUGGACUGCUUCUACAACACAUUGAACAGCUUAUUUCCAAUGCAAAUGCCAUUACUACUCUUCAUGAAAGCACUACUAAGGGGAAGUUAAUUGAGGUAUCCCAGGAGAAAAUUGCUUCUGCCCUUUAUCCAACAUCCAGCCUCAUGAAUCAUUCUUGUGAUCCAUGUGUCCUCCAGACAUUUGCUGGAAGUAAAUUGGUAGUCCGAGCAAUGAAGGACUUGAAGCCCGAAAAGGAAGUCUCCAACUGCUAUGGUCCCCAUUACCUUAAGAUGAGUCGAGAACAGAGACAAGAGCUCUUGAAAGGACAGUACUUCUUCAAAUGCACUUGUCCUCCCUGCUGCCUGACAUCAGGACUUCUCUGUUUUGAAGUAAAGGACUAUGAAUUGGCGUUGAAGUGUUCGUGUUCCGGUAUCAUUCCAUCAGUGAGGGAUAAAACCCUCCUGUCCAUGUGCAUUGAGUGCCAAGAGAUGCGCAACUGUACUCGCAUGAUUGAUACCUACAACAGAACACUCACUGACAUUCAAGCUUCUCAAUGUGACUUUGGAAACUUGUCAAGGAAAGCCAUUGAAGAACUGCAAAUGAUCCUUCAUCCAUCUGCCAUUGAGAUGACCAAUGCAUUUCAUUCCUAUGCAGCAGCCCUGAUCAAGCAAGGAGACCUGACUGGAGCAGUGCCUUACAUGAAGCAGGAGAUAGCAGGACUGAAACAGCGCUAUGGUCCAUCUGCUGUUGAAGUGGCUAAUGAAAUGCUUGCCUUGACAUCUCUUCUCCUUGCCAUCUUUCAUGAGUCCCACUCAACAUCUGAAGAAAAAAGUGAAACAAAUGAUACCUGUGUUAUUUGGCUCAAGGUCCAGCCAUAUGCUGACAAAGAAAUUGCCCAGGACACCAUGAAGAGGAAAGAGGGGAGCAGAGGUGGAGCUGAGGAAAUGAGCUUCAGUUCUGGAGAUCAUGUGCCAGCAAUCUAUGGUCUUGAGCUCCAGGAUCCAAGUGGAACAUCACAGUCCUUAACUUCAGUUGUUGCUGUCCAACCUCCUUCACCUGGCCUCACCAUCAAGGACUUAGAUUUCAACCAGAAUCGGCAGUAUUACCUAGCAAGCUGUGGGGAUGACUGCAAGACCAAAUUUUGGGAUCUCCGCAAUCCCAAGCUUCCUGUUGUAUCUCGGAAGGAUCACUCUCACUGGUCUGCACCAUCUUAUAAGUCUCAGAUACCUUAUUCAUAUCCCUGCAGGGACAUUGGCUGUAUAAUUGCACCCAAUGAAGUGAAGCUUACUGGCCCUAUGCUUUUCAGGGUUUGGAAUGUGAAGUAUAAUCCCUUUCAUGAUGAGCUUGUUCUGACAUCCAGUAGUGACUUCCGAGUCAUUCUCUUGUCAGCUGUCUCCAUAUCUUCUCAGCCUUUGAACCAACUAGACUCUGAAGAUGAAGAUGAUGAAGCUCAAGAUCCUGGAGAGAAGCAGAGAAAGUUGGAGGAUGGGGUGCUGGCCAAGUAUGAAGAACAUGAAGAUUCAGUGUAUGCAAUUGAAUGGUCAAGUGCAGAUGCAUGGACAUUUGCAUCUCUGAGUUUUGAUGGUCGGCUAAUUGUUAAUCGAGUUCCACAAGCUGAAAAGUAUAAGAUUCUACUGUGAUAUGCCUUUCUAUUUAUGUACCAUGCAUCACUUCCAUUAAAGCC